AUGUCCGCCCGAGAAGACGUAGGCGGCACCGAGCCUGAAGGCCCACCCAUCGCCGACUCGGCCGCCGGCCGGGUCUGGCAGGCUUGCCUUGCUUGCCGCCGCAAGAAGAUCAAAUGCGAUGGAAAACAGCCUUGUCAUAACUGCAGCUCCCGUGACCAGACAUGCGAGUUCCCCGGGACCAAGGACAAUGCUUCUGCCAGCCGUUACUACGUUACAUCCUUUGAAGCACGAUGCCAACAGAUGGAUACACUCUGCCAACGGCUAGAAGUGCUUACAGGACAGCUAUCGCAGUCUAUCGGCGUUCUCAACCAACAUUCACCUGUUUCAGCAAGCCAAAAUCAGCCCUCCGACUGUAUCAAAGUACAUGUAACUGAGAUCCUUAAGUCUCUUCCAGGAUUUGCUACGUUGUUAUCUCAAGCAACCACGUCUCCAGCUCGGCGGGACUUAGGGACGGAUGCAGACCUUACUCUGUACGCGGGCAGUGCUGGAAUGAACGAUCCAACGAGAGCGAUAGAUGAGGAAUCUGAAACUUCAUCAUCCAAAAGCGACGAUGACGACGAUGAUGGCUCUAGCACUGUCGUCGAUACCUUGAGGUUGGCUAAAUCGAGUGCCGAGGAUCUCAGCCAAGCAGGUGCCUUGGUACGAGAUUCCUACGGCCGUCCACGCUUUGUAGGUGGAGCAGCGAACAAUCUCAUUGUCGAGGCAGCGAAAAGCUUGCUGCCGAGUUUGAUCACGACCACGCCUUCUUCUACCGGAGUUAGUCACGAAACACCAAACCUAGCAGACCUCGAGAUACCUUCAUUUGUCCGCGGGAAACUCUGGCCCCCGCUUCCGUAUAUCCCUAGACCGGAAAGCCUACCUCGCCCGCCACAAUACGUCUCGGAUCUGCUUGUGAGCCUGUACUUUGACAAGCUGCACUAUACGUUUCCUAUUCUUAUCAAGCCUCACUUCAUGAACCGUUAUCAAAAACUCCUAAGAUCUGGCACGGACUCCUCUUCACCUAAGAGAGGCAGAUUUCUUAUGGUGUUCUUCGCCGUGUGCGCGUGUGCAUCCGGGCUUUUGCCGUCUAACUUGGAAAGUGGAUUGCCGGGCAUUGAAUUUUAUCAAAAGGCCCUUCUCAUAUUGACUGCAUCAACCGGAGAGUCCUCCAUUGAGAAGGUGCAAUGUCUUGGACUUUUGUCGAUGUGCUCGGCAGGGUGGAACACUCUUUCUCAGAGUUGGAAUCUAGCCGGACAAGCCGUGAGAGGGGCUAUUGACAUGGGGCUGCAUGUCAGUGAUCAUUGCGUAGGAUGCCCUUUUCGUUGCUCAUCACCUGCUGGGCUGAGCUCCAAGGAGCUUGCCUUUCAGGAGCAUUCUCGGAGAGUGUGGUGGUGUGUAUACACACUGGACAGAACAACUUCAAUUUGCCUUGGCCGUCCUCUAGCUGUUCAAGACGAAGACUGUCACUGUGAGCUACCAUUAGAUGUACGAGAUGAAGAUAUUGUGUCCGGAAUCAAGAGUCAAAGGACUAUCGACGAAGAAGCUAUGAUGAGUCCUAUGAGCGGCUUCUUGGCAUUUGCCAGACUCUGCCGGCUCGCAGGCAAGAUACAAGAGUUCAGUUCUCCCCUGAAACUACGAAAGAUUGCCUCUGCAGAUGCAGACAAAACUCACAGAUUUUUGGCCCGGGUUGAUGCUCAUGAUCAGGCUCUUCGAAAGUGGCUGGAGAGCUUACCGGGUGAGAUUCAGUUCUCGGCAAACAGAAAGAACAAGAAACAUGGCGACAUAUCCAUGGUUCAUUGUGUUAUUACCUUUUUCUUACACGCAGGAUCUCUUAUAAACCUGUAUAGGUAUUCCGCAUUACGAAACAAAGUGGACGUUUCAGGUGCCAUCGACCAAUGCGUUAAUGCUGCGCAAGGUUGCAUCUAUGUCGCUGAUAUGGUUCGAGACUUGGUGCCAUCUUCACACCAUCUGGCUAUCUGCGUCCACUAUCUUAUGCUGUCGGGUAUAAUCCUUCUCCGAGUGCCUCUUGAUCGCAGCAACGCGGCCCUUUUGGAGGAUGCAGAGAAGUGUGCCCAAUCUCUCAAAGACCUAGAGCCUCGGUGGUCUGGGGCCAAAAGAAGUAGAGAAAUCAUUGAGCAGUUGCUAGUCCGACGCCGCAGCGAGAUUGCUGGAGACUCGCCCGCCUAUCGUCACAAUGAAGGCCGAGUUUCGCCGGAAGACGCCCGCAAGACCAACAAAAGACCCUUCGCUGAUGUCGAAGCUGUAUCAUCCUCUCUGGUAGAUGUUGUCAGUGGAACCUGGAAUCCUAGCACUACUAGCUCGGGGGCGACUCAGCAUGAUGGAUGUAUGGAUCCUAUGCUAUUUGCUUCAUGGAUCGGAUGA